UGCGAGGAUCACUUGCAUUUGCUCCUGACCAGGGAAAGGCUCAGUGUGUUGAGCAAUGUGAGUCCAAAGGAAUGUAACCUGUUCCUUUGUGUUUGGAUUUACUGACCAAGCACUGAGCUGUCUUGGCUCCUGGGGACUGGAGAAGCACAUGAGCAAAUGCACUUUUCUCCCCUGGUGGGAAGCUGGUUUGAUGCCUUAUUACCGUAAUUGCCAAAUCCAUCAGUCAUUGCAGGCUGUUUUCAAGACUUCAUCCUCUUUCACCCUCUGCUCAGGAAGGAGAGCCAGCUUAUUUUGACAAUGCUCACAGAAAGGUGCUUGGCAUUUGUUUAUUCUGCACUGUACCUCUGGUCAUCCUUGUUCUUCUCACUCUUUAAAGUCUCUCAGCAGGGGGAAAGCCAGAGACGCUUGUACAGAGAACUGCUGCGGAACUACAAUCGUCUGGAACGACCCGUAGUGAAUGACUCCCAACCGCUCGUAGUCGAGCUCCAGCUUUCCUUGUUGCAGAUAAUUGAUGUGGAUGAGAAGAAUCAGGUGUUGAUCACCAAUGCUUGGCUGCAGAUGUCCUGGGUUGAUGUUUACUUGUCUUGGGAUCAGUAUGAAUACCCAGGAGUGCAGAACUUGAGAUUUCCUGCUGACCAGAUUUGGGUACCAGACAUUCUUCUGUAUAACAGUGCAGAUGAAAGAUUUGAUGCAACUUUUCACACAAAUGUGCUGGUGAACUACUCUGGAUCCUGCCAAUAUAUUCCUCCAGGCAUUUUGAAGAGCACAUGUUACAUUGAUGUCCGCUGGUUCCCCUUUGAUGUGCAGAAGUGUGAUUUGAAGUUUGGCUCCUGGACUCACAGUGGCUGGUUGAUUGACCUGCAGAUGCUCGAGGCUGAUAUUUCCAACUACAUCUCAAAUGGAGAAUGGGAUUUAGUGGGUGUCCCAGGGAAGAGGAAUGAGAUGUACUAUGAAUGCUGCAAAGAACCAUACCCAGAUGUAACAUACACCAUCACCAUGCGUCGACGCACCCUCUACUAUGGCUUGAACUUACUCAUUCCCUGUGUUCUCAUAUCUGGCUUAGCACUGCUUGUAUUCCUUUUGCCAGCUGAUUCUGGGGAGAAGAUUUCUUUAGGUAUCACUGUCCUUCUUUCCCUGACUGUAUUCAUGCUGCUCGUGGCUGAGAUCAUGCCUGCAACUUCUGACUCUGUCCCACUAAUAGCUCAGUAUUUCGCUAGCAUCAUGGUCAUCGUUGGUCUGUCUGUGGUGGUAACAGUGCUGGUUCUGCAGUUUCACCAUCAUGACCCCCAAGCAGGAAAGAUGCCCAAAUGGGUCCGUGUCGUCCUGCUGAAUUGGUGUGCUUGGUUUUUACGAAUGAAAAAACCUGGGGAAAACAUAAAGCCCCUCUCUUGCAAGUACAGCUAUUCCAAGCAGCAGCUGAGCGUGAACAGCAUGGAAGUGAGCGUCCUUCCCGGGCACCAGUCCAGCAAUGGCAACACCAUCUACAGCUACCACGCCAUGGAGAGCCCGUGCUGCCCACAGCAGAACGACCUGGGCAGCAAAGGUGGGAAGAUGACCUGCCCCUUAGCAGAAGAUAUUGAGCUUGUGCAAAAGAAAGCUUUAAUGGACACUCUUCCAGUGAUGGUGAAGAUCCUGGAGGAAGUCCAGUUCAUAGCGAUGCGGUUCAGGAAACAAGAUGAGGGUGAAGAGAUCUGCAGUGAAUGGAAGUUUGCAGCUGCUGUCAUAGACAGAUUAUGUCUGGUUGCAUUUACCCUUUUUGCCAUCAUUUGCACAUUUACAAUACUCAUGUCUGCUCCAAAUUUUAUAGAAGCUGUUUCAAAGGAUUUUGCAUAAGGUUUUCAAAGAUGAGCAUGAUAAUCAAAAAGUGAAUAUUGCCAGUAAUUUUACUAGAUAAUUUAACUCAAAUAGAGAAGUGUACUUAUAUGUACUAACAUACACAGAAGGGGAUUAAAAUAAUUUCAGGACAUAAUUAUUCCUGAUGUUAGUGAUUGUAGUUACUGAAUAGUAAAUGUAUUGAACUCCGUUACUUAUUUCAUAGACUAGUGCCACAUGUAAUUUUGUCAUGAUCCGUGGUAAGUGAUAGACAAGAAUUCAAUACAUUACAAUACUAUAAUAUAUUUAUUACAAGUGAACAUUAGUAUCAAUGUGUUACUUUGAAUUUGUGAACUUUUGGAUAUCGUUAAUUUAAAUGACCAUUGAAGACUAUAAUUUUUUGCAUAAUUUUAUUGUUUUCAGUAUAUCUGUGUUUUAUAAUUAUUGUUUGGUGUGGCUGUGACAUGCACUUCUCAGAUUUGGAAGAUGUAUCUCCACAGUCUUAUGAUGCUGUAUAUUGUAUUUAUGAGAAUAAACCAUCAU